AUGCCAAAAGCCAGUGCUGGCCACUGGCCUAUGCUUGGUGCCUCUUCCGCGGUUCCCACUACUGCCGAAACCUACCAUCCAUCUAAGGACUGGGAGGCCAUUGAGAGGAAAGCUGUCGAAGAAGAAGAGAAUGAGCAAUUAGAAGGUGAUGCAGCUGUGAAUCGCAUGUUUAGAAAAUUGUACAAUGAAGCGUCAGACGAUGUAAAGAGGGCCAUGAUCAAAAGUUAUCAGGAAUCUGGCGGUACGGUGCUAUCUACAAACUGGGCUGAGAUAAGCAAGAAACGAACGGAAGUCAGGCCCCCAGAUUGCAUGGAAUAUAAACGAUUUGAGCAGUAA